UAAAUUAAAUAAAGUAAAUAAAAUGGGUCAUCAAAGUUGUUGUGUAGUCGAUUGCAAAAAUACAAGUCGAAAUAGCAAUUGUAAAUUUUAUAAGUUUCCGGUUGCCAAUUGGAAAUUAAAUCAGCGAAAAAAAUGGAUCGCUGCUGUUAAAAGGCAAAAUAUUGAUGGAUCGUUAUGGUCUCCAAAACCUAUGGAUGUUAUAUGCAGUGAACACUUCAUUAGCGGUGAAAAAUCAGAUAUUGAAUCAAGUCCCAACUUCGCUCCAACUAUUUUUCCAUCAGCUUAUAGACGACGUAAAGUCAACGAAUCUGCCGUUUUGAAUAGACACAAACGCUUCAUGGAGAGAAGAAUAAUGAAAAAGUCAUUAUCGUCAACGGCUGAGAUACAUCCGGUGAUGAAUUUUGUAGAACCGCCUGAAAUAGCUGAAGGUGAUCAAAAUAAUACAUUCAUGAAUCAAACGGUGGAGCAGGCAUGUGAAGCGAAUAUAUAUUUUACCUCCAAUGUUUCAUCAAAAACAUUCAUUUGUAAUCGGUAUAUCACUAAUAACAAAUGUGAUGCUGAGACACAAACAGAGAUUCUGGAAGCGUCGACGUCAAAAAUAAUUACAAAUAAUAAAAAAUAUGUUAACAAGGAGUGCGGUACACCACAUAGAACGUUUGCUGAUCAUGAAACUCAAGUAACCAAUAUGUUUGAAGGAUUUUCAUCAGUUAAAAAAAACGAGCAACUCAUAGAUCUUGCUGGUGUAACAUUUAAUAAUUUUAAUUUUUUAUUAGACAGAACAAAACCUCCUAAAAAAUCGACGAUUGGUUACAAAGAUAGACUGUUCAUAUUUUUAAUGAAAUUAAAAACAGGACUCACUUUUUCGGCUCUUGGCGUAUUAUUUAACGUGCAUAGAACAACGAUUUCAAGAAUUUUUUUCGACAUUUUGGAGCAAUUAGCUAGUACGACAGCUAAUUUAGUAUUUUGGCCGGAUAUUGAUGUUGUUCAAGCAACGAUGCCUGAGUGUUUUCAUCAUGAUUACAGUGAUACUCGAGUUCUCAUAGGUAUCACUCCAGGAGGAUUUAUUUCCUUGAAAUCAAAAGUAGCUGGUGGUCGUAAAUCUGACUCUCAAAUGACAAUUGAAUCAGGUUUAUUAGAUCUUCUAGAAGAUGGUGACGUCGUUUUGGCUGACAAAGGUUUUCCAGAAAUUAAAACAUUUAUCGAUGCAAGUGGAAAAAAAUUAAAAAUGGUUAUGCCACCUUUUUUAGAGAAAAAAUCUGAAUUUACAACACAACAAACUCAAGAAACGUACAGCAUAGCAAAACACAACUAUCAGUAUUUGAUGUAUCAAUGUUUUCAUCAUUCUCUGUGCUUGGUUCUUUAG